AUGGCAGUAGGAAGAAGCGCCGCCCUGAAGCUCGACUGGGCCAAAAUUGGAACCUCCCUUGGCCUCCGUGGACAAACUGCCGCCUCCCUCCAAUCAUUCAAGAAGCGCAACGAAGAUGCCCGACGCCGAGUCCAGCAACUUUCCGAGUUGCCAUCGAAGGUCGACUUCUCACAUUACAAGUCGGUGUUGAAGAACCAAGCCGUCGUUGACGAGAUCGAGAAGCACUUUGCCAGUUUCAAACCUGCUACAUACGAUGUUGGAAGACAGAUCAAGGCCAUUGAGGCAUUUGAGGCACAGGCUGUGAAGAAUGCCGAGGAGACCAAGGGCCGUGUUGAUUUGGAAUUGAAGGAUUUGGAGAAGACAUUGAAGAACAUCGAGGAAGCAAGACCGUUCGAGGAGCUCACUGUGGACGAAGUCGCAGCUGCAGAGCCACAAAUCGACGAGAAGACCACCCAACUCAUCUCCAAGGGACGAUGGCAGGUACCAGGAUACAAGGAGAAAUUCGGCGAUCUCUCAAUCUUGUAG